CUGUAAGUAAUAUACAUUCUGUUCUCUAAUACUGGCUGGGAAAAAUUGUACAGUAACUGCAUGCUAUAGUACAACAGCUUUCUGAAAUACGCAGCAUGCCCUGAGCAGAACACUGAUCCGCCAGAUAUGCUGUAAAAGAGAACAUGUGGUUUACAAAAGAGUUUACCGCUGAAUGUGUUUACAGUGACACUGGGGUCUAAGACAAUCUUGCCUGGUACAAAAUUAAAGAAAGGAAUUGCUUACACCUUUUGAAUACUCUCAUUUUAAAUUCCUCAGAACCCUAUGGUUUACACAUCAUUAUUACUGUUACAGAGAGCGUUUCAAAUGGGUUUAGUCAGCCUCUUCGUGUCUGUGAAUCUUCAUGAGGUACCUUAUUAUUUUAUAUUCUGAGUUUUGAAUGGAUGCUUGGGUGAAGACGUCACAUAUCCAUAAGUCAAGAUCUGCAAGGGAAGUAAGACAAUGAUAACGCUGACCAACAUUUCAGGUACAACAGGUGGACUUCUUCCAGCAUUGCUCAGUUUCAGGCAUUAUGGCGAAUGAUAUUUAGUCUGAAUUUCCCAAGCUUACUUUAUCCUGCUGGGCUAAAAGGCUUCAUGUGAUACUGCUCUAACAUUGGAAAGCAUUUUCUUUUCACUAUGAAGAACCUGACAGGAGCAUAUUGUGUUCAGAAGUGUCUUACUGGGGUCUUGUUUAUUAUCGAACUAGCAAGUAAAUGUGCAGUUAGUCUACACAGCUGUCCCUCCACCUGCAUUUGUGCCUCAGACCUACUUAGCUGUGUCAGCCAAAACCUUCAGCAGUUACCAGCCCCAAUACCAGCCAUGGCUGCUACCUUGGAUCUCAGCCAUAAUGCACUUUAUCAGCUUCAAAACCACUGGCUGGCUGGAUUGCCCAGAAUCCAGAUACUCCGUCUUAGUCACAAUCACAUCAGCCGCAUCGCUCCCCAAGCAUUUCAUAAUGCAACCUACCUUAUGCACCUGGAUCUGUCCUCAAACCGUCUCCAUGUAAUUGAAAAACAGGUCUUCCAUGAGCUCAUCUCCCUGCAAGAGCUGCUGUUGUACAACAAUCAGAUAGUGCGGGUAGAUGGUCGUGCUUUCAUUCACCUGGGAAGUUUGCGAAAACUUUAUCUUAGUUGGAACCUAUUGAUGGAUUUUCCUUUUAGCUCCAUUCAGGAGCUCCAUCAUCCUCAUUUGAGGAUUCUGGAUCUCUCAUCAAAUAAACUGCCCACCAUCCCUAUAGCUGAAGUCACUGAACUGCCUCUGUAUGUUAAAAAUGGUCUAUUCCUCCAUGACAACCCUUUCAUGUGUGACUGCACACUCUAUGCUAUGUUCCGCCACUGGGAGAAAUAUGGGCUAAACUCAGUGCAAGACUUCCGUGAAGAACAUACCUGCCUCGCAGUUGGACAGCCCCAGUCCUCUAUUAGAUUCUUCAAACACUACAACAUUUUUGAAAAUUGUUCAUUAGUCCAUGGGCUGAUGGCAUUUCCAAUAACUACCAUAAAGGCAGUGAUAGGAGAGCCCUUGCUAAUUUCCUGUGAAACCAGCUUACAGGAUGAACACACCUCAUACAUGUGGACUUUACCAAGUCAUGAACUUAUAAGAUUCCCAGGGAACAUCAACCAAACAAUGGCAAUGUAUAGCAAUGGCAGCCUGGAAAUCAAGGAAGUGCGUCAGCAAGACUCUGGUAUUUAUGUAUGUAAAGCAAACAAUAAGCACCUAAUGCGGAAUGAGACAAGAGAAGUUAAUGUGACUGUCCACUACAAGAAGUCUGAGGGGGAGUCCUUUAAUACCGGGCUUACUACUCUCUUAGGUUGUGCAGUUAGCCUGGUGCUGGUUUUAAUGUAUUUGUAUUUGACUCCUUGUCAUUGCUGUUGCCGCAAAAAAGUCCCCACUCCAAGCCCACCCCAUGAAUGCAGUGCUCAAUCCUCCAUCCUAAGUGCCACCCCACCUGCCACAGAUGGACCAAACCGUAAAAUAAGUGGCAGCAGGCAUGUAGUCUUCUUGGAGCCUGUUAAGGAAACUCGGAAUGGCAAAGCCAAACUGGCUACCAGUGAAGAUUUCACAGAUGCCAAGAAUCCCAAAAUUCAGCAAAUGAAGUCUGAUUCAGAGUCAAUAACCUCUGUAUUCUCAGACUCUCCUAUUAUGCCUUAGAUACUUAAAUCUCUGGCUAUGUCCACUACCAACUACACUGCUGUCAGUUUAAUAACUUGGCUAGACAGGGCUGAAGUAAUAGAUGCGGAAGGGCAAUACUGCAGUUUAUAUGCUAACAUAGCUUUCAUCAUAUCCUGCAAGAUACCCUUAUUCUUCUACAAAUCCGGCAUGCUCAAUGAGGUUAUAACAUAAGCAGUAUAUGCAAGAAUAAGUAAAAGAAAAUGAACAAAUUGUUAUCUUCACUAUGUUCCCCUUAUGCUCUGAAAAAGGAGACAAGUGUAGUGUUAGUAGAACUCAAGGCAAAACCCCUCCAUGUUAAACUGAUUGUUAUUUGCAGAACUUACUUUCAGUCUUUAUGGUCUUAACAGUAAUGAAUGAAAGGCAGUCAAAGUCACUGUAAGUAGCAAACAAAUGGAAUCUAACUAAGAGUCAUAAAAUGUUGCUUUACUCAAAACAAGAAAAUGUACAUUGAAACAAAUAUAAGAAAUAUAAAAAAAAAUCA